UGUUGUUUUGGUUGAUUCCGAGGACGGAAACCCUCGUAAUAAUAUUAGUUCUUGCCGGUCACAAGAUUCUUGUGCUUUUAAUAAUAUCUUAAAAUUGUUUUUACUCUAUCAUAAUGAUAUACAUACCCUAUUUAUAAAUACUCGCCUGUUGUCACCCUUGGGGAAUUCGGUUAGCUAUGGAAAAUUCGGCUUAUGCCCCUAACCCUUUACCGCCUCCCGCUUUAGUAGUCUUCUCUCAGGCCGGUAAUCUGCCUGAGGCCCUUAGAAUGCAAAGACCCUUCAACACACAGGCACAAGAAGCUAAGGAUAUUCAAGUGCCAUUCAGUACUACAGGGUUCGGGCUACGGCUUAUGGACAGUUAUCCUGGGUUGCCAGCCCAUCUUUUGCACCACUUGCAACCUCAGUUUCAUCUCCAUCCGGCUUUGGACCCUCGCUCAGUUCCUUUCAGUCCCGCUUUUCAGCCGAUAACUUCGGAAAAUAACAAGGCUUUUCCUUCCGCGUUCGCUCCUCCGCCUUCUAAGUGUUUAAAAAUGGAAAGUGGUGAAAAUAAUUCAGAAAUGUUCUAUCAAAGAGACAGAGCAGAAUCAAGUUCUCCGGCCAGUGCUUCAAUUUCCCCCACUCCCCCUGUGUCAAAUAAUACUAAGGAGGAAGUAGACAACAGCACCCCAGAGGAGCGUGAUACAGCUACUCCGAGUUCGGAAGUAACAGAGCGGUCAACUCCAGAUGAAGGCAGAGGUUUCAGACGCAAGAAGAAGUUCCAGGCAGAUCCGUCGUGUUGUCCCGUGUGUGGUGUGACGCUCAGACCAGGAGAGUUGGAUACCCACUUUGUCCAGGAGCUGGAGAGGUUGUACAAGCUCAGCGCCAACGUCAGGGUACGAAGGUUGUCCUCUCCGCACCCCCGGGAACAUCUCUCCUCGUCCGACGGCUCUCUCGAGGCGAGAUGGGAGACAUAUCAGAGGAUUCGGGCGAAUAGACAAAGUAGGCUAAGGAUAAAAUACCGCAAGCGAAAACCUGAUGAAGUAGCCUGCCCCGUGUGCAACGAGCCUAUCCAGGGAACAUUGGAAGAGGUUAACCAUCAUGUGGAGACCUGUCUGAGAAAGCAUGGAUCCAUCAAUGAAGAGGAGGAGAACGUAGAUGUAGAGGGGGAAGGCAACUCCGAGGUCUAUGAGGAGUAUGAGUGGGCUGGACAACGUAGGAUACGAGCUUCCACACUUCUUGUUGGGGGCUUUGCUGGCGCAGGGAUGGCCAGUGGGAGUAGAGGAGGUGGUGACGAGGAGGAGGGUGAUCUAGUAGUCGAUGAGGAUGAUUCUGCCACCUUUGGGCCGACACAGUACUCAGAGGUCGACGUCGUAGUGCCCUCAACUGACAGUUCAACUGAGGACAAGGAACGGGAGGCUCUUAGAGAUGCCAUCAUCAGUCCCAGCGGCAAUGGGAGGAUAUCCAACUACUCUGCCAAUGUAAAGGAGGAGCCAAUGGCGGUGGAUUGCUCCCGGAGUGAUGAGCCCAAGACUGAUGGAGACUCCCAAGUCAUUGAGGCUCUCAAGAGGAGGAUACGAGACCUCGAGUCCGAGUCCAAAGGAGUGUCAGAAGAAAAGUUCCUCUGCCUCAUAUGCAUGGAGCAUUACAAGAAACCAGUGAUUUCCGUUUGUUGUUGGCAUGUCCAUUGUGAAGAAUGCUGGCUUCACACAUUGGGAGCAAAAAAGCUAUGUCCGCAGUGCAACAUGAUAACUUCACCUUCUGACCUGCGCCGCAUAUACUUGUGAUGAAUUGAUUAGUUUAAAUAUCAACCCUGCCUUGUUUAGCCUUGUACAGUCCUUGUAAAUUUAACAUGUAUUUAUGUAUAUACUGUAAUUUUGCCACCUCAAGACUGAAAAGACAAAAAUCAACAAAAGUGCGAAUCUCGUUCGAUGUAUUUUUGUUGUUUUGUAUAUCGAUAUAAACAUGGUGGUUACAUUCAAUUGUGAUACUGAACUGGAACCAAAUGUUCUUACCAUCGAUGUAUUUACUAUCUUUAGGGUACUACGGAUUUGUUACUUACUGUUGUAUAUACUUUCAAAACGAGUAUAUACAAUGGUAUUCGUUGUUUUUAAAGUAAAUAUAAUGCUGUCAAUUUUUGUACAUAACUACAAUGUAAAAAUAUUAUUUUAAUAGUUUUUCGUUGUAAAGUAUAGACAUGUUUUUAAAGACUCUUGUCAUUAGAUAAGUUACAAUUGCACAAGGUACGAUUGAUUUUAAAUAUAGCGAUAACUGUUGUUUUUGUUGUACUUGCAAUAAAAAAUUAAA